AGUCUAGGAGAAUAUAGAAACACCAGUGCUAUCCUAUCAUCUUUGGAGAUAUGGAUAUCAGAAACAUUUCAAGUGAACAGUUGUUUGGAAAUUAGCCUGGGAUUAUUCGUGAACCAUGGGAGUGAAAUGUGUACAGAAUUUACAGUAUAAACACUGACUAUAGAUAGAAUGGUUUGGUAUACUUUAAAAAUAAUAUGGAGCAUGAAGACAUUAAUGUACCUUUUGCUGAUGAUGAGCGUGUAGCAAUUGAGGAGUUCAAUGAUGAUGAAAUUAUUACUGGACAUGAUGAUAAAACUGAAAUGAAUGGGAAUUUUGGUCCCAGUGAUAAGUGUCAGAGUAAUGCUGGUCCCAGACUUGCUGUGCUUGAUGAAUGUGAAUUGAGUGAUGAUUCUACUGUAGGCUCACGUGAGUCACUCGUCCAUGGAGAACUGUAUGAACAUAAUGAGUUCGAAAGCUUUAUUGAUGAACUCGAGUUUGCGUCUGAUGAUAACAAUGAAAAUGGGGUGAAAGCAGAGAAUGGACAUAGGGAUAAACCUAUUGACAAAUCAAAUAUUGAGAACAGUGUUAAACAAAAUGCAGAGUCGAAUGAACAUUUAGUUAUAAAGAAAGAUAGCAAUAUUAACAGUGACCUUAAUGUGAUAACUGAUCCAAAUACAUUGGAUUGCCCCUUAAUGAAUGAUGAUCUCAACUUAAAAGAUAAAGCCAAUAUAAAUGAAAGUGAAAAUGAAGAUGUGAAUGAAAAUGUUACAAGAGUACAUAGUAUCAUACUUGAAGAUGAAGAGGUCUGUGAAUAUUUUGAAAGUUCAAUCAGUGAUUGUUGGGACUACAUGAAUGGAAAUACAAAAGUUGAUAAAUUGGAAGGUCUAACUUCAAAUGUGACAGUUGAUAAAGAACGGGGCUUCGGGAAUGAAGGAUCUCUUGACAUUGGCACUCAAAACUCUUUUAAUAUAACAUCAAGGCCAGAGUCCUUAUGCUCAACAUAUAGGCAUCAUGACAUGUUCAAUACGGCUUUUGAAGUCCCCACCGGUGACAUCACGAAACACCAUAUAUGGUCAAUAACUCCACAGCCGCUCCAAUACCAGGCAGUCCAACAGUGUUUAUCAUCAAUGACGUAUAUCAAAGAGCAUAGCGAGAUGAAAAAAUCAAAAAUUGAUCAACCCCAAUCCACAAAUAUCCCCAAUAAUGGUGACCUUCUUAAAAGUGAUUUUAGACAAUCACACAAACAAACAGAUAAAACCAAGAUGGUCAGUGGGUUAUCUGUAUGUCAACAUAAUGAGAAGCAAUAUUUUACCCCACAACAGCUAUAUCAGUCAACUGAAGGAGCUCCUCAUAAUAGGAGUAUGAACCCACAAUGUGAAGUAGACUCACUAGAUUCCAGUCAUUCUAGCCACAAACGUAGCUCAAGUAUAUACUCCCAGUUAUACAGCAAUGAUCUAUUUGACUCCUCGUCAAGUGAUGAGACAUCUGGUGAUGAAAAUGAGGACUAUUUUGAGCUCUUACCAGAAAAAGCUGUGAAGAAGCUGGGCGAACAAACAGAUUCCAACUGUGUCAAAAAUAAACGUGCCAAAGAUAGUAAUAGUCAACAAACAAAACAGAAUGACGUCAGACAUUUUACCGUGGAUUAUUCCUCCACAUUUCUAUCGCCAAAAAUUGCACAUAAACAUUCAGGAAAUUUGGAGAAAAAUACAAAUAAUUCAAGUUCUCUAAGGAGUAAUAAAGAACUCAGACCCUUACAUGUGGAAUGUGAAUCAGGAACCACUUUAAGCUCACUAAAACCACUUGGAUAUAUUAUUGCUCCAAUAAAACAACAUAAGGGUAAUAAUACAGACAGGGAUAAUUAUACAUUGAAGAAAGAUGACCACAUAAACCACAAAGAUGCGACAACAAAUCAAGCAACAAACAAAAUGUGCAUCAUGACCGAGAAUCAUGAAAAAUGCCUGAUGGAUGGUUGCAAUAGGAGGAUAAAUCCUGAUACAGGCAGAACAAGCACAGCCAAUAAAGAAACAAAUAUAGAUCAAAAUGAAAAAGUCAUUUACAGCGUUAGAAGUGAAUGUCAUAAGGACAUUUGUGUGAAUAAUACUACAAUAGAGUGCAAUGACAGUAAAUCUGAAAACACAAUGGAUUAUCAGGAUACCCAAAUGAAUAUUUCAGAUACCCACAGAUCAACAGAUAUUGUAGCUCCUAUAUGUCAGCCAGAAGAAAUCAGCAUAGGACCAAAAAGUCCAGUUGCAAAGAGACAUGGGACUAAAACUCCUGGCACACAAAGUCCUGGUACAAUGAGUCCAGGAAAGGUGUCUUUAUCUUCCAGCAGUCAUUCUUUGGGUAAACUUUCAUGGAAGGAUUUUUUCG